AUGGAAAACUCAGAUUCCGGUGAUGAAGGAGAUGAAGCUUCGGCCCAACGCAAAUGUCAGAGGGACCGACUGCAUCGAGAAGAAGAUUUCUACCGAUUUGUAAAUAAACUGAGGGAAGAAGAUUACAAACUUAUGAGGAAUAACAAUUUGCUAGGCAUCCCAGGUGAAAGUACAGAAGAAGAGUUGCUAAGAAGACUUCAACUAAUUAAAGAAAAUCUACCACAAAAAUCAGACGAAAAUAAAGGUGGAAGAGAUUCUUCAGAUGAUGUGUCUAGUCGUGACUCUAUAAUAGACUGGCUUAAUUCUUUCGAAGAAACUGAAAAUGUGACAAGUGAUCAAAUAGAAAACCAAUCUUGGAGAGAAGUAGUAAGUCAAAUUAAUCCAAACAGUGAUGAUUUCAGAUUCAGUUCAGACAUAAAUUUUAACCUUAAUAAUGACAGCCUAAAUCCAGAGAAUGAAUAUGUAGCAUCUGAAAGAUUUUCCAGAAGAGAAAACAUGGAAGACAUCCAGAGGCAAGUAGAAAAUCCACAAUUUGAAUCAAUAUUUACAAGACCAUCUAGAUCAGAGCAAAGUGCAACUGAAGCAUUAAUGGAAGCCUCAUCCACCAGAGGUCAGAGAAGAACAAGAAGUAAGAGCCCAGACUAUAGGAGAACCAGAGCAAGAAUUGAAAGCAGGUCACCUCCAAAUUCACUGAGGGAAAUUUUCCGAAGAUAUCAUCAUAGUGAGUCAUCUCAGGCUUUAGAGCAGCCUCUGGUAAAUGAGACUGAGAUAUAUGCUAGCACUGAACACCAAGAAACACUGAGAAAGCAAAUAACUGGACUUGAGUUACAAAAUAGGGGUCUUAAUGAAACUUCUAGAACAAGGCAUACCAUUCAGGAAGAAUGCUCUCCAGACACAACCAGCAGUGGUGAAGCUUGGAGAUUUAGAGAGAUAAAUCCAACUAUACCCUUCAAUCUUGAAGCAGGACGAGUUCAUCCUGAAGCAUAUUCUCAGAGAGAGAGCAUAGCUAGUAGAACUCAGUUAACAUCUGAGACACCAAACACUACUGUCACUUUAGAAAGUGAACAAGGAGGAUCAAGCCUUAUGUUUUCACAUUCUGUGCAGGCAGACAUGAAAACUCAUGUCAAUACCAUCAGAAAUCCCAUUGGUGGAAUUUUAAAUACUAGCUUAAAUGAUAAAACAUAUGUUCCAAUUCAGAGCCUGUUAGGUCAAACAAUGACAGGAUUUAGUGAUUCAAGUAACCUUAUGGACAGUGACAGUAAUUUAGAGCCUAGUGUCUCAACUCCAAGUCAAAACAUAGAGAGGACAGAGUCAUCAAAUGGAACAAAUGGUUCUAAUGGUGGUAGUAGUACAAGAUCUGGUUCCAAUUCAAAUGCUAGCUAUGAUCCCCAUUCGAGUUCCACACUGAUUUUUAGUUCAAGCUCCAAUGACAUGUCUAGUUAUAGUUCUAGUCCUAUAUCCAGUUCCAGCUCAAGUGAUGAAAAUUCAGAAAUCAGCUCACUGAUGUUUGAAGGCAGUGAGGCAAGAAGUUUAUCAUCAGGCUUAUCAGAGACCAGGCAAGAGAGUAGACAGAUGACCCCAAUAAUAUUUGAUGAAAGUGACUCUUGGCCCUCCCUUGAUCUGGACCAGUUUUUCCUCUUAAAUGAUGAUUAUCUAUACCAAGCUACAGGACUCACCAAAGAACAGAUUGACAACUUGGCUGUAAGAUCUUUUAGCAAAUAUGAUGUAUUAAAAGCCUGUAGCAUUUGCAUCACAGAAUACACAGAAGGCAACAAGAUUCGCAUCCUACCUUGCUCCCAUGAAUUUCACAUUCACUGCAUUGAUCGCUGGCUGGCUGAGAAUUCCACCUGUCCUAUUUGUCGUGGGGAAAUAGUGGACUCCAGAGAGAGAGAAAAUUCUAAUUGA